CUUAAUUGAUACACACCAUUUGUACAGGUAAUUUUAGUUGGUGAAAAUAACUUCGGAAAAGUUGUUUCACUGAUGCUGUAAAUGCAAAGAAGAACAUGGGAAAAUGGAUUUCUUUUUUAGUGCUAGCUGGAAACAUGUUAGUGUUAGCCUCUGCACGGGAAAUUAGAGUAACCAGCAGUGCAUGUAAUGACUACUAUGACAUGGAUGAUGUUGGAGAAGAUGUCUAUUUGGAGUAUUCAGGAAAUCGGUUGAAUAAAGACGAGUGCCAUGUUCAAUUUCAAAAUUUUCGUACAUUUGAAAAACAAAUAUGCGUAAAACCACAGAAAAUAAAUCUUAGCUGUUCAACAAAGGUGGAAUACUUCAGACAUUUUAUCUCAGAAUACCUUGAUCCAGCGAAGCAAUUUACGUGUGGUCAAGCAUCAUUUGAUGAAUGGUGUGGGCCAACACGUACCAACAGGUUAUAUAUAGUAUUCAGGACUUCAAGUUCAAGUUCUUCAGACAAUAUCAGACUGCAUAUAUAUUUAAAAUAUUUACCGGGGAAGUUUUUAAAAAAAAUUUUUUGUUUUUCAUUUCCCCGGAAACUAAUGGGAAAAUUUAAAAAUAUUUUUAUUAUGCCCAGUACCUAA